AUGUACCACGCGCACCACGAGCACGACGUCUUGACUGGAGCCGACCCGAUGGUCUUACAGCAGCACCAUCACCAUCACCAGGAUCAUAACGGAACCACGUUUAUGCCGGUCAUGAACGAUCAACAGCAGCAGCAGCAGCAGCAACAUAACCUUCAACACCAGCAUCACCAUCACCUGCAGCAGCAAGACCAACAGCAUCACGAAGACCACAUAAUUCUACAACAACAACAACACCACCAUCACCACAUCGAACCCACCGAUUCGGGCGGUGCCCUGGUCCCCUUCGGCCCCCAGGAAUCUGUAGUCGGCGGCGGUGGUGGAACACAAACGGUUGGAGCUUACGAGACUAGCUGCUGGCAAAUACUUCCACCGGACUACCCGUAUGACGAUGACCUGAGAUACGACAGGUAA